AUUUGUUUGUUAUCUUUCAUAUCUAUCUGUUUAUCUUUCUUUCUUUCUUUUUUUUGAUUUUUUUGUAUGAUAUAAAGCCGACAGAAAUAAGUUGGAUUAGAAAUGAAAUGUACAUAGGUGGGGUUCUCGUGGUCCCAUUUGACAAAUAUAUAAGACCCUUAUAUUUAUAGAAUUCUUUUUUUUUUUCUUUUUCUUUUUAAUUUCUUGUUGGCAUCUAAUUUAUCGAAUUCAUUUCCUGUUUAUAUCAGUAUGGAGUCAAUCCAGAUAGCCUUUUGAAGGCCUUUAUAAUCUAAUUUCUUUUGUUACAUUGAUUUAUAUAAGUUUAUGGUGGUUUGCAAUUGAAGUACCAUUAGUCCAUUAACUGCAUAACAAGUUUUGCCUUUCUGCAUUGUUUUUUACUUCCCUUUCAAUUGUUUGGGACUGGAUUGGAAAAAAAGGAGACAGCAGUCGUGAAUGGAAGAAAGCAACACAAGAAGUAAGUUCAGGAGGGUUUGUGUCUUCUGUGGGAGCAGCUCUGGCCACAGAAACGUCUUCAGUGAUGCUGCUGUUGAAUUGGGCAAUGAACUGGUGAAGAGGAAGAUAGACUUGGUAUAUGGCGGGGGAAGUAUCGGGUUGAUGGGUUUGAUUUCGCAGAGAGUUUUUGAUGGAGGUUGCCAUGUUCUUGGGAUCAUUCCAAGAGCUCUCAUGCCUCUUGAGAUAUCUGGUCAACCUGUGGGAGAAGUAAGAACUGUUUUGGACAUGCAUGAGCGUAAAGCUGCAAUGGCUCGAGAAGCUGAUGCCUUUAUUGCUCUUCCUGGAGGAUAUGGGACCAUGGAAGAGCUGUUGGAGAUGAUAACAUGGGCCCAACUUGGAAUUCAUACAAAACCGGUUGCGCUGCUGAAUGUUGAUGGGUACUAUAAUUGCUUGCUGGCAUUAUUUGACAAUGGGGUUGCAGAAGGAUUCAUCAAGCCAGGUGCUCGGCAUAUAGUCCUCUCUGCUCCAACUGCAAAAGAACUAAUCAUUAAGAUGGAGCAGUACAUUCCUUUCCAUGAACAUGUUGCUUCUCAUGAAAGCUGGCAGAUUGAAAAACUUGGUAAUUAAUAUGUAUGCAGGGCAAGAAAAGGCACUCUGAUUAUGGGUGAAUUUGUAUAAGCAGCUUUCUUAGGUGAACGUGGCCUUGGAUUAAAUGCCAAACUGCAACUCACAUGGAUUUCCCAAGGGAUCACAUGGGCAUCUUCCCUCUGAUGAGUCGUGACUGACUCCUCAUGGACUAGACGGUUGAUUGUGAAGUAGUAUAAACACAAUCUUCUUUGAUUACUGAAUGUAAUAAACUAGAUAUACAUGUAAGAAGACAAAUAGUUAUGCAGAAACUAAGUAAAAAUCUCUCAAACUUUUCAAAUUUCAAAUUGCAUAAUAUGAAUCGACAUUAGCUUUUAAACUA